UUAGACACACUAUUCAAUAAUACAGUUUAUGAGAUUCGUUAAAAAUUAACGAGAUGUCAAGAAACGAUUACUUAUAUUAAAAUAAAAGUUGACAUCUGAUUUCAGUUAUAUUAGAUCAGUCAUACGAUAUUGCUUACCAAAAGAAUCUUCAAAAUGUUGUGAUGUAACACAUUCAUCAUAAAGAGGUUGUACAAGCUCUCGAGUAGUGUAUAAAACAGUAGCAUUUUGUGAUACUGCCACUCAAUUAUUACUGUAUUCAAAUUAUUUUUGCUCGGGUUACAUAUCAGCUAUUUUGUGGAAUGGAUAUCAACUUUUUUUAUUUUACUAACUAAACAGAGAAAAAAAUGAAACAGAAUAAUAUUUUACUCCUUUUAAAACUCGUUUUAUGUACGAGCAUAAUGAGUAUCCAUUCAUUCAUCACAAGUUCUGCUUUUAUAUAUUCUUCAAUUAUUUUAGCACAACUCAAAGAUCCGUCAUUUGAUAUCCACAUCGACAAUGUGCAAGCUUCUUGGAUCGCUAGUAUACCGAAUUUAGUAUGCCCCAUUGGUUUAAUUUUAACCGGAAUUGUGACUGAUAGAUUUGGCCGUAAAAGAGUUCUUCAGAUUUCGUUUGUACCAAUGAUCAUAGGAUGGUUCAUGCUUUAUUUUGCCAAGAAUUUUUAUUUUAUUUUAGUUGCUAGAGUCGUACUGGGGCUUUCAUAUGGUAGUGGCAUAGUGGUGUCUAUUUACGCUGCUGAAAUCUGUCCCACAGCUCUCAGACCAAUGUUUUUGGCUGUAACUAUUGUCUAUACCGGAUUUAGUAUGCUUUUUGCAACUCUGUUGGGCAUAUACUUUAGCUGGAGGAUAUUAGCUGCGAUUUAUGGUGUGCUCGGUUUAUUUGGUGCAUUGGGCUUAUUCAUCAUACCAGAACCACCUAUAUGGCUUAGAUCCCGUGGUCGAAAAGAUGAAGCGAUUAGGGCAGAACAAUGGCUUGGCUUGGAAUCAAUGUCGGUAAAGGAAGAUGUUGAAAUACCGAUUGCACCACCGAUCGAACAAGCCAAGUUGCUUUCGUGGUCUACGUAUACAGCAUCCAAUAUAUGGAAGCCUACCGUUCACGUGAUAUUCUUUAUAUUUCUUCAACAAUGCUCUGGAAUUCACGUGCUAAUGUCCUAUUCAGUGGAUGUGCUCCAUGACUGUGGCGUUCAAAAGGACGGAAUUACUGUCACCAUGUACCUUUCAAUUGCACGGCUAAUUGGAAGCUUAACCUAUUUUCUAUUGUCUGGUGUCAAACGUAAAACACUUACUAUAAUAUCUGGUUUAGGCAUGUUUGUGUGGAUGUCCGUAAUUGUGGGUUACAUUUACGAAUUUGAAAAUACUUCAGAUACAUCUUAUAAUAAUUGGCUAAUUGUUGCAUUUUUCUUGUACGUUUACUUUUCCAUGUUAGCUAUGAUGCCAAUACCUUGGAGUAUUUCUGGUGAAAUAUUUCCUAUGCAUGUUAAAGGUAUAAUGAAUGCGUUUGUACAAUCCGUUGGAUAUGAAAUACUUUUUGGUGCUACAAAAAUAUAUCCUACUCUAGUUGCAAUAAUGGGAAUAAAAAUAGUUUGGACCUUCUUUACUAGUACUUGUUUAAUAAUUGUCUUGUAUGGUUGGCUUUUAUUGCCAGAAACUAAAGGAAAGUCACUAGAUGAAAUAUUAAUCGGUUUCGAAUCUAAGAAAAUAAAAGACAAAAUAAAAAAUUUACCAUAAUUUUUAUAUAGAUAAUAGACAUUGAUCCUUAACUUAUUUUAUAUCAAUUUUAAUUGUAUGUAACCUAUUUGUAAUUAUUAUUAUGAUUAUUUAUUAUAUAUAUAUAAAAUGUAAAUAUUUUUUUAAUGCAAUCCUCAAAAAUUAUUCCUAGAAAUACUUAUAUGAUAAUUUGCUUUUAAAAAAAUAAUAUUAAUACUUUUACUAAUAAUUAUAAUUUACAAAUUUGUAUUAAAUUGACAUCCUAUUAUGUUUUUAAUUAAAAUUUUAUAAAAAAUUUGAUGGAAAAAUAUUGAUUGUAAUUGAUUUUCUUUUUUUUUUAAGUAGGAAAUAAGAUAAAUGUAUUAUGAUAAAAAAGAUUUAAUAUUACACUUAAAUAUUUUUUAAUAACUUAAUGAACACUUUAAUAAUUACUUUAAUUUAUAUACGUUAAAAAAUAUUUUUCUUCUAAUUUUGUAAUAUUUAAUUGUCCAAUCAAUCAAAAUUUGUAUGUAUAAGUAUUUGUGAAAAACUAAGAGACUGACAUGGAAUAAAUUGUAAAUAAAGAGUACAAAGGAAAUACAUAGUAAGUUGAAUUUUUAUAUCAUUGAAAUGAAAUUGACUGUCAGUUUAUUUACUUAUAUUUUAAUUUCUUUUUGAAAACUAUGUAAAUUAUUUGAUGUUUUACUAGUUGUUAACAAUUAAAAUAACAAUAUUUUUUUGUACUA